AUGCAUCUACGUCACAUCUGGGCUAUCUUAGGCAUCUAUUUUUAUUGUGGUGCAAUGGUCGCAAUGCGCAUGCUGCACCUGCGAUUUGAAUGCGGAUGCGUCCCUAUUUCGCUACCGCGCGCUUCUCUCACCUCGCGGUAUCAUCUCACAUUUGUUCUUCGCAUGAUCAGACCGUCCCAUUUCCGCUUUAUACGCCAUCUAUCGCACCUGUCGCCUUUGCCGGCCUUUGUUUUCGACAUUGACGGUGUGCUUCUUCGAGGUUCAAAGCCAAUUCCAAGAGCUAGGGAUGCUUUAUCUUUGCUCAACCAAGCGAAGAUCCCCUUCAUUUUGCUCACCAACGGCGGCGGUGUAUCCGAACGUGCUAGGGUAGAGUUUCUUUCCAAUAGGCUUAAUAUCGAAAUCUCCCCUCUCCAAAUUGUGCAAAGCCAUACCCCCAUGAGAGCGUGGGCCCAAACCGGAAAGUACAAAAGGGUUAUGGUUGUAGGCGGUGCCAAGGAUAACUCUCGGCAUGUGGCACUAGAAUACGGGUUUGAAGACGUGAUUAUGCCAAUAGAUAUUGUGCGGCAAGAUCCGGCUGUUUCGCCCCACCAUCGCUUCACUGAUGCGGAGUUUGCUGAAUACGCCCGGGAUGUGGAUUUGUCUACUCCGGUUGACUCCAUCUUGGUCUUUAACGACCCAAGAGACAUGAACACAGACAUGCAGAUCGUCAGCGAUCUUUUGAACUCGGAGGGCGGCAUUGUCGGCACCAAAAGACAAAGCUUGGGUGACCCAACUCCGGCCGUGCCAAUAGCCUUCAGUAACAACGACUACUUGUGGGCAAAUGACUACAACUUACCUCGUUUUGGGCAAGGUGCUUUCAGAAUGAUCAUUGAACGCCUUUACAGAGAGACCAACCGCUUAGGACCCAACGAGAAUCUUCAACGCACCAUUUUUGGGAAACCUUUCCCAGUUCAAUACAACUACGCCCAUUCCGUACUAAUCGAAUGGAACAAGAUUUUGAACGGGCACAAGCCGCAUGGGUUCAUGCCGCAGCUCCAUGAAGCGCCCCAGAACUCUCCAUUUUCGCAGAUUUUCAUGGUGGGUGACAAUCCGCUUUCUGACAUUUGGGGUGCCAACACAAAUGGCUGGGAAUCCAUUUUGGUGAGAACAGGCGUGUUCAAAGAUGCAGACUGGGACCACACAGAGCAUAAGCCUACCGUAGGAGUAUUCGACAAUGUCUUCGAUGGUGUUUCAUCCGUCUUGAAGUCUUUAGAGAAAUAG